UUCUUUACCCGGAGCCUGUCCGAACACGGAGCCGCCUUCACCAUGGAGCAGCUGAGCACAGCCAACACCCAUUUCGCCGUGGACCUGUUCCGCGCUUUGAAUAAGGACAAUCCUACUGGGAAUAUCUUCAUCUCUCCCUUCAGCAUUUCAUCAGCACUGGCCAUGAUCUUUCUGGGGACUCGAGGCAAUACUGCAGCACAGGUGUCCAAGACUCUUCAUUUUGAUACGGUUGAAGAGAUUCAUUCAAAAUUUCAGAGUCUGAAUGCUGAUAUCAACAAAUGUGGAGCUUCCUAUAUCCUGAAACUUGCUAAUAGGUUAUAUGGAGAGAGGACAUACAAUUUCCUCCCUGAGUUCCUAGCUUCAACUCAGAAAAUGUAUGGUGCUGAAUUGGCCAGUGUGGAUUUUCAGCAAGCCUCUGAAGAUUCGAGGAAGGUGAUUAAUGAGUGGGUCAAAGGGCAGACAGAAGGGAAGAUUCCAGAACUGUUGGAAGCAGGUACAGUUGACAGCAUGACUAAACUCGUGCUGGUGAACGCCAUCUAUUUCAAAGGCAGCUGGGAGGAUGAGUUCCGGAAGGAAGACACUGCGGAUACCCCAUUCCGACUGAAUAGGAAAGACAAAAAAACCGUGAAAAUGAUGUAUCAGAAGAAGAAACUCCCAUUUGGCUACAUCCAGGACCUUAAGUGCCGUGUGCUGGAACUACCUUACCGGGGCAAAGAGCUCAGCAUGAUUAUCCUGUUGCCUGAUGACAUUGAGGAUGGGUCCACGGGUCUCAAGAAGCUUGAGGAACAGUUGACUCUGGAAAAACUGCAUGAGUGGACCAAAGCUGAGAAUCUGGAUUGGGUUGAAGUCAACGUCCACUUGCCCAAGUUCAAACUGGAGGAGAGCUAUGACCUCAACUCCCACCUAGCCCACCUGGGUAUAGAGGAUCUCUUUAGUCGCAAGGCUGAUCUGUCUGGCAUGUCAGGAACCAGGGAUCUUUUCAUAUCAAAAGUUGUCCACAAGUCCUUUGUGGAGGUGAAUGAAGAGGGCACAGAGGCGGCAGCCGCUACAGCAGGCAUUGCCACCUUUGCCAUGUUGGUGCACGAGGAGAACUUUGUUGCUGACCAUCCAUUCAUUUUCUUCAUUCGGCACAAUCCCUCAUCUCACAUCCUGUUCUUGGGCAGACUUUCUUCCCCUUAGAGACUGGAAAUACGAGGUCAAGCUUAGAGCUUUGUUAGCUGCACUUUUAAUGGUGUCAAGUUUCACACAUCUUUGCCAAUACCACUACCAUCCCUAAGCAGAUCUUUAAUUUCACUUGUAAGUUCAGCUCUUUCCUGUUUACAUACUCCCGUGAACUUUGGCACAGAUAUCUAUUUUCCUAUUUUUUUUUAUAUUGACAAAGUCCAGUGAUUGCUUUUGAAUGCAAGUAAAAAAAAAAUCAAGAAAUGAGAUGUGUUAGAUUCUUGACAACAUAGUAGUGUAUGAAGUUGCUAUGCUCUCCUGAUAGCCAAAGGAAACAUGGUAAUUCUGUAAUUUAUUUUACGCACAGAAUUUUGAAAGCCCAUAUCGAGAGAUGCAUAUUGUAGAAAGGAGGC